CGCUUCGCACGCCACCAGUGCAGUGUCCACGCGCCACGCGCCACACGCUCGCGCUCGGGCCAUGUGCUACGCGUAGGCAGCGCGCUCUCGACUCGUCGAUUCCGUGCGCGGUCUGUGGUUGGUUCGCUGUCACUGGGUCAUGAACUAGACUCGUUAGAUAAACACAAGUCCAUGUGUCGGGAGAUUAGUCCUCGCUGAGCGAAGAAAGGAAGGACGUUCAUGACUCUCGGUUGGGGCUUUUCUUCGCGUGCUUUUUUCUCCACUCACCUCGAGGACAAAGCCGAAAGCGCCGAAGCCGGACAUUCGGAGGGGAGCCGAAGUUAGUCACCGAUAAUAAAUAAGAAAAUGAAUGGCAACCACGUCUAUGCAAACCGAAAAAGGAGAAAGCCCAUGCAGAAAAGCAUAAAGCCCACCUCUGCCGAAGGUGCGAAAUCCAAUCCUUCUAAGAGACACCGGGAACGUCUGAAUGGGGAGCUGGAGAGACUGGCUAGUCUACUCCCCUUCCCUCAGGAUGUGAUCUCCAAGUUGGAUAAGUUGACUGUGCUCAGGUUGAGUGUCAGCUACCUGCGUGCCAGGAGCUUCUUCAGUGUGACCCUGCCUUCUGAUACCUGCCGCUCUCUGGAUGGCCGUGGCCCGAGGCAACAGGGGGAGGAGCUUCAGGAAGGCGAGUUACUGCUGCAGCUCCUUAAUGGUUUUGUGUUGGUGGUCACUGCCAGUGGUACAAUCUUCUAUGUGUCUCCUACCAUUCAAGACUACCUUGGAUUCCACCAGUCUGAUAUCAUCCACCAGAGUGCUUAUGAUCUCAUCCAUGCCGAAGACCGCGUGGAGUUCCAUAGACAGCUGCAUUGGGCGCUCAACCCUACUGCUGGCCCAGAGGUUGGCCACGGAGACUCAGCACUCUCAAGCUUGACGUUGCCAUUAACCUGCUACAAUCCAGAGGACCUUCCACCGGAGAACUCCUCCUUCCUAGAGCGCAACUUCGUGUGCAGGUUGAGGUGCCUUCUGGACAGCUCCUCCGGAUUCCUUGCAAUGAACUUUCAGGGUCGUCUGAAGUUCCUGCAUGGGCAGAACCAGAAGACGGAAGAGGGCUCCCCGAUUCCAGCCCAGCUGGCCUUGUUUGCUGUAGUCACGCCUGUGCAGCCACCCUCCAUUCUCGAGAUCCGAACGAGCAGCUUCUUCUUCAAGACCAAGCACAAGCUGGAUUUUACACCCACCGCGUGCGAUGCCAAAGGCAAGCUUGUUCUGGGAUACACGGAAAAGGAGCUUUGUGACCGAGGGACAGGUUACCAGUUCAUCCAUGCUGCAGACAUGCUGUACUGUGCGGAGAAUCACGUACGCAUGAUUAAGACUGGUGAAAGCGGGUUGACUGUCUUCAGGCUUCUCAGCAAGCAGAAUCGUUGGCUGUGGGUGCAGGCGAACGCUAGGCUGAUCUACAGGAAUGGCAAACCGGAUUACAUCAUCGCCACUCAGAAAGUUCUCACGGAACAGGAGGGUGAGGAGAACUUAAAGAAGCGCAACUUGAAACUACCUUUUAGCUUCACUACCGGAGAGGCUGUCCUCUAUGACACUGCCCUGCCCAGGUCCCUUGCUGACUCAAUGUCUGGGAGCAUGGCACCUUCGGGGGUGGAUUCUGCUCCCUCCAAGGACAUGGAGUCCGUGGACCCAAACUCGCUCCUGGGGGCCAUCAUGAAGCAGGACGACUCCAUCUACGUGUCUGUUCCAGGACGGAACAAGGUCCCUAUGCACGGCAGUGAGCUUACAGGUGCAAUGGGAGGUCUCAGCAACGUGUUCACCACUGAAUGGGUGGAUAGUGUUCUUUCACUGUCCAAAAACAGCUUCUUUAAACAGCAACAGAGCAAACGUUUCACAGAGGACAAAAACACGGACUUGCCCAGUUUCAUGAAAACCCUUGAAAUAUGUAGGGAGGACCUUGAACUCUCUCAGCAGGAUGAGGAAUUUUGGAAAGUUAAUUUACAUGGUAACACUGACAUCAUGGAUGCAGCAGAUGAAAUCCUUUCGUUCGUGGAGGGAUCACUUGGGAAAAAAUUGGACUGUAUGUUUCCAAAUGCUCCCUCAAAGCAUGUUGCUCCUACUAGAAAACACCACCAGGAACCUCAGGAUGUUCCACACCAAAACCAACAGCAGCCCUUAUGUGAACUGCCACGACAGCGACUAAAUCCACCACAGCAGCUGUCUUUUGUGCCUCAGGAAACAGAACCUGGACUGUCGUUACAUCAUAAGCAGCAAGUCCUGAACAGCAUGGUGCCACAGGAUCAAAAAUCAACAUUGUUGCUACAGGCGCAGCAGAAUCUCAUACAUCUGCAUCAUCACCAACAAUUUCCACAUGAACGAGUGCUACAGAACCAAGAAUCAGGAUUGGUGUCAGUGGGACAGCAGCAUCUUACACAUGUAAAUUGUCAGCAGAAGCUCCCGCACCAACAAGUGCCACACGAUCAGGAAACUUUAUCACUGCUACAGGCUCAGCAGAAUCUCACACAUCUGCAUCAUCAACAGCAAGUCCUACAUCAGCAGUUGGGCCAGACCCGAGAAUCGGCGUUGUUGUUAGGACAGCAACACCAUCUCACCCAUGUACAUCAUCAGGAGCAGCUUCCACAUCAGCAGGUGGGACAGGUGCAAGAAUGUGGUUCAUUGCUGCACAGGCAACAGAAUCUAACACAUCUACUCCGUCAACAGCCACCCCAACAAGACAUACCAGCCCAGCAGAACCCUCACUCUGAGCAGGCACAAUUAUUAAUGUGCAAACACCAUGCACAGAGGGGGCUACAGCUGGAGCAGGCUACAGAGCAACACCCAUCUCUUUGGGACGGUGUAGAAAUACCGGUCAAUGGGGAAUGUUCUUCUCUGAGUCACCCUGUCACUGCAGGAGAUGGCAGUGAGCAUCAACCUCCUUUAUUUCACCCGGACCAACCUGAUCGGCAGCACCAGAGCCAAGCAUUGUAUGGACACUUUAGUCUGGAGGGUUCAACCCCGGGUCUCCACUCUAUGGACCAGCUGAACACCAUAUCCGUUACCCACACCCAGUGCCUGCCUCCAUGCCAACUGGAGGACUGGCUCCCCCCACCUCAGUUAGCUGAGCCCUCAGCCGAACCUGUGGCUGACUUCACCAGCCUCGACCUGGAGGAACUAUUGGAGAACUUGGACUCAGGGGGCCUCAGAGGAAGGAGCUGUGUCCUCAGCCUGCAGGAGGGUGAUGGUGCUCCAUGGUGCAGCAAGGCCACCAGGUGCCUGCCCCAUGCUCACACCUCCCAAAUGCGGCAGAACCAGGGACUUAACCCCAUGCUGUUAAGUGCUGUACCUUCACAAGGUCAUCUUGCACUGUUUCAGAACAGCAGCAAUGGAAACAGGAGCAUGUUUUACCCAGAAUCCUCUGGGCUGACUGAUUUCCAGCAAGCAGGACAGCCUCUGCACCAGCAUCCCAGCAAGAGCCCACUGUACCCUGACCCAACCCUGGGUGGGUUCACGAGAGCAUGAGACUGGGUGAUUUUGACGCCUUGGGCACUGGCCACGUCACCUAGGGGGUGAUCUUCAUUUUUGCUUGUGGGACUGAGGGUGGGCCAACUAGGAAAAUGCUGUAGAUAUGUUUCAGUCCUAUUGCUGUACCACCAUACUUCUGUAACUUUGAGUGUUUGCUUAAAUAGCAUGCAUUAAGUAUCUUAGAAGCGUGAUGUUCCAGGCCUUCCUAAAUAACAGUAUCCCCAAAAGUCGCUAUUAAAUUUGCUUUUUCAGGUUGGUGUCUGUUUCUGCCACAUGACGUGGUCUCUCUUCAAGAACUGCCAAGCACAUGUUUAUAGAAAACUAUCGGCCUAACAUCAACAGUAUUUUACGCUGUAUAAAUUAUGUGCAUUUAGUAAUGAUAAG